AUGAACACACUCGUGGUGCUAUCUGCAUUGGCAGCUAUAGCCACAGCAGCACCGACGGUGCCUGAAAACCACUAUAGUGGUUACAGGCCAUUGUCGUAUCAAAUCACGCCCACUUUUCGCCGAGAGAAAAAGUCACCUGUAGAGGCUCACAAUGACGCUGUACCUGUGCUAGAAGUGCCUCAAAAUUUACCUCGCACCGAGCCCAGCCAUAUGUUUGAAGUAUCAUCGAGAACCUUUGGCUCGAAGAAACCUAUAAUUGUCAAGAAUAAAUUGGGAUACCACUUGUAUCGUGACUCCGACGAAGAGCAAGCCCAGGCUGAUUCUCAAGAAAAAUGUACAAAGGAAGUCAAAGUUAAGCUUUGUGAUGAAGAUAAUCUGCAAGCUAAGUCAAGUAACCUGAACGAAAAUUUCGCAGUCGGCGAAGUUAAUGUACACCAAUCACAAAAUGAAAUGAAGCAUAGUAUCAACAUGGCGAAAGAAACGGUUGAGAACCUUCAAAAAAUGUCUCAUUGGAAGCACAGCGAAUUUGGUCCUGACGCAGAAAUACAUAAAGAUAUCGAAGUAGCGAGACAAGCACUUGCACACAUUCAGCAAAAUUUCGGCAACUUAGAAUCAAUGAACAUGCGAACCGCGAUUUUAAAUGAUGCAGAAGCUUUGCAAGACGCUCACUCACAAAUAGCAAAAGAUGAACGCAUGGCACAAUGGCAGGAAGCUAUUGACAACAUUCAGAAGAACACCGAAAUAGCCAGAAAUUUAGAAAAUAGUUUUUCAUUGACGAACGACCAUGCACAUUGGUCUCAUAUUCAAAAGCCAGAUAUGACAACACAAGAGAAAAGUAGCGAUGUAAAGAACGCUGAUAGUGUUAAAAUGUUAACGAAGAAGAACGAAAACUUAGAUUUUCCUCCUAAAGAAGCUAAAAUCGAACAUGAACCAUUACAUGAAGAAAAGAAGGCUGCAUCUGAAAUCAACGAGGUAAAAAUGAUGACUGAACAUGAACUCAAAACGAUUCCUCGUAAUGAUAUGCCAGUAAAACCAUUCGAAGAAUUGUCACAAGAUACACUAUUUAGGUCUAAAAGUGAUCUGUUAGGACAGAAUAUUCAUACAGAAAUGCACGAGGGACCUAAGGACUCUGACUUUGAUUCUUCUUUGAAGCGCCCCGUGGCUGCAGUUCUCGACAAAGAGAUAGAAGCCAAAGAAUCGUCCGUAAAAUCUACAGAACUCAUAAAAAUGGAUGCUGACAAAGUUUUAAUAUCUACAAACGACAAACUAAUACCCACAAUGAAGUCAGCUGAAGUGAACCAUGACCCAAACCAACAUAAUGCUCAUGAACUUGUUAUGGAAGUUGAACCAAAAGCCCUGGAAAAUAAUUUGAAAAAUAGCAAGAGUGUAUCGAUUGAAACUGAUUUAGAACACGUUUCCGCAGUUGAUCAAAAGAAAGCAGAGCUAAAGUCUGAUUCAUUAACACAUGAAAAGAUGACUAAGUUUAUUUCGUCAACGUCUGGAAAAUCUGAAGAGCAUCAUGGAAUGGACAACCUUCACAAAAAGUCAAAUGAAAAUAAAAUACACUUCCAGAAUACAGCGGCAAAGUCUGUUGAUCAAGCUGCACACAUGAGUGAACAAGUCAACUCAAGGGUUUUGGCACCAGUUGUGCACCACCAUUCCGAAACUGAUUUAACUGCGAAAAUGGUGGAACAUCUCGACGCUGAACAUCGACACCAGUUACAUAAUCUCCACCCGCAGCCGAAAGCAUGGCAAGCUGGUCAGAUGGCUUCUAUGAAAAAUGCUGCAAUUGAGCAAAACUCUUCAAAUUUCGAUUCCCAUCCGCAGCCGAAAGUAUGGGAAGCUGAUCAGAUAGCUUCUAUGAAAAAUGCUGCAAUUGAGCAAAACUCUGCAAAUUUCGAUUCCCAUCCGGAAGCGAAAAACUGGCAAGCUGACCAUGUGGCUUCUAUGAAAAGUUCUGCGAUUGAGCAAAGCAUUGCAGAUUUACAUAACCCGGAAAUGCAACGAACAACUAAUUUUUCACCUAUGUCGCACCAUUUUCCGACACAACAUCAAACACAUUUCUCCGGCCAGGCUCAUCAUCACCAGAUUCAUCAUCCUUCACAGCUUGGUCACUUGCACACCAUGCAUCAUGGAUUGCCAUUCAGAGUUGCUGAAUCAUUAAAAGAAAAGGCUGCUGAAAUGGAUAAUUCUGUACAGUCGACGCUCCAGGUGAAUACUAAUGAGCCAUCUGGAAAAACUGCUCUAGAACACAAUGUCACUUGGAAGCAGCAGCAGGUGGGCGCUGCCAGAGGAGCUUACGGAGCUUAUGGAUUGGGUGGUGCUGGUGUUGGGGCCAUUGGUGCCAGUAUUGGUUCCGUCACCGGAGGGAGCUCAAGUGGACCCGGUGCCAUUGGUGUCUUCCCUCAUGCUAAUACAGGAGGCUGUGCUAUUCCAUUGCUUCUUAGUUGUUCACCUUCUGUUGUGUCUGGGAGCCUUGCAAAGGCCCACUCUGGCUAUGGAGCUCCCGCGUACAGAGCAGGGGAAAAUUUCAACUUUCACUCUAAAAGGGAUACCAAGAAGAGUAAUGAGAUCACCGCUGCUAAAGCCCAGAGGUCUCCUACCAAAGUCAUUCAGAAGAUUCCUUACGCUACAAACAAGAAGAAUUAA